AUGGAUCAAUUCAAGGAUCUGUGUGCCAGAAACGGCUUCAAGAACUCCACAAGAGCACAGAACGCCGAUGAUACAACGAUUCUUCGCUUUCUUCGAGCCCAGAGAUAUGAUGUUGGGGCCGCAUUCCGGCAAUUCAACCAUUUUCAAACAUGGCGCCGCGAGCACAAUAUUCGUGGGUUCUAUAAGAACCUGGAUGUCGAGGUGUAUGAUGAGUCCCGGAAAAUGUAUCCGCAAUGGAUUGGCCGCCGUGACAAUGAAGGGCGUCCUAUCUAUGUCUUCCAAGUCAGACAGCUAACUAAGAAGAGAUUGGAUGGGUAUCUGAAGAUGUUAGACAAAUCUCCAAGGCCAGAGAGCCACGCUCAGUCUGAAGUGCCCAUUCACUUGCUCCAUCUCCAUGCCUUAUACCUCUUACAAUUCGUCUUCCCAUUGGUGUCUGAGCUUCCCCGACCUGACAUGCGACGUCCGAUUUUAUCGUCGACACACAUCGUCGACAUAAGCAAUGUCAGCGUGUUCCAAUUCUGGAAUAUUCGCAAAUACCUCCAGGAAGCCAGCAAAGUCGCUACAGCCCAUUAUCCAGAGACCCUGGGUCGGGUAUUUGUUGUGGGUGCACCUGCCUUCUUCACAUCUGUCUGGGAGGCCAUUAAUCAAUGGUUCGACCCCGAAACGCGCUCAAAGAUUUUCAUUCUUUCCGCGUCGGAGUCAAAGUCAUUCCUGCUUUCCCAUAUCAACCCUUCAGAUCUACCGAAGGAAUACGGCGGCGAGCUCGAAUGGCAGUGGCGAGAUCAACCAGAUCUGGACGAGUCAGCCAGAGAGCUGGUCGAUGAAGUGUACCACAAGACCAAUCGGGGCGGAGUCUUUUCCAAAGGGCCGCUCAUUUUCCAGGGAGGUUGUAUUGAACUCUUGGGCUCUGCUAAUGGUCUACCCCGACGCAACGCCUUCUGUCGCAUUGAGAAAUCCAAUGAGUAA